AUGAAGCAUGUUUCAUCACUCACCUUCUCCUUCCUCAUCUUUGUUUUCAUCACAAAUGUUUCACUAACUUUCUCAAUAAACUUUGUUGAGCAAGUAUUGGACGUAAAUGGUAACCCCAUUUUCCCAGGUGGCAGAUACUAUAUUUUGCCAGCAAUUCGUGGCCCUCCUGGUGGAGGAUUAAGACUAGCAAAAACUGGUAACUCAGAAUGUGAAGUUACUGUCUUACAAGAUCACCAUCAAGUUAUAACCGGCCUACCAGUGAAAUUCAGUAUACCGGGAAUAAGUCCUGGUAUAAUCUUCACUGGCACUCCGAUUGAGAUUGCGUUUGCAGAGAAGCCAAAUUGCGCCGAAUCUUCAAAAUGGUUGAUAUUUGUUGACGAUGUUGUUCAAAAAGCUUGUGUUGGUAUUGGUGGUCCUGAAAAUUAUCCUGAUUUUAAAACAUUGAGUGAUGCUGCUGCUUAUGAAGCUGGAAUUAUUAAGUCUGUUGCUUGA